CCGGGGGCCUCAGAAUUUUAAGAAAGAGAGGGGCGAGAGGUGGCCGGGGCGGGCGGGCUGGAGCACUGCGCUCUCCCAACGGCGCGGAUCCUUUUUGGAAAUUAAUAUUAAAAAAAAAAAAAAGCCGAGGACGCAGAGGGGAAGGUGGGGGGUAAGAGGGAAGGAGACACACACACACACGCGCGCGCACACACAGACACACACACGGAGAGAGAGAGACAGAGACAGAGCCCCACAGUGAGAGGAAGGAAGGCAACAGUCGCCAGUAGCUGAUGUGAAGACCGGACUCCGUGCGCCCCUCGCCGCCUCUGCCUGGCCACAUCGAUGUUGUGUCCGCCGCCUGCUCGCCCGGAUCACGAUGAACGCGCAGCUGACCAUGGAAGCGAUCGGCGAGCUGCACGGGGUGAGCCAUGAGCCGGUGCCCGCCCCUGCCGACCUGCUGGGCGGCAGCCCCCACGCGCGCAGCUCCGUGGCGCACCGCGGCAGCCACCUGCCCCCUGCGCACCCGCGCUCCAUGGGCAUGGCGUCCCUGCUGGACGGCGGCAGCGGCGGCAGCGAUUACCACCACCACCACCGGGCCCCCGAGCACAGCCUGGCCGGUCCCCUGCACCCCACCAUGACCAUGGCCUGCGAGACUCCCCCAGGUAUGAGCAUGCCCACCACCUACACCACCUUGACCCCUCUGCAGCCGCUGCCGCCCAUCUCCACAGUCUCGGACAAGUUCCCCCACCAUCACCACCACCACCAUCACCACCACCACCCGCACCACCACCAGCGCCUGGCGGGCAACGUGAGCGGUAGCUUCACGCUCAUGCGGGAUGAGCGCGGGCUGGCCUCCAUGAAUAACCUCUAUACCCCCUACCACAAGGACGUGGCCGGCAUGGGCCAGAGCCUCUCGCCCCUCUCCAGCUCCAGUCUGGGUAGCAUCCACAACUCCCAGCAAGGGCUCCCCCACUACGCCCACCCGGGGACCGCCAUGCCCACCGACAAGAUGCUCACCCCCAACGGCUUCGAAGCCCACCACCCGGCCAUGCUCGGCCGCCACGGGGAGCAGCACCUCACGCCCACCUCUGCCGGCAUGGUGCCCAUCAACGGCCUUCCUCCGCACCAUCCCCACGCCCACCUGAACGCCCAGGGCCACGGGCAGCUCCUGGGCACAGCCCGGGAGCCCAACCCUUCGGUGACCGGCGCGCAGGUCAGCAAUGGAAGUAAUUCAGGGCAGAUGGAAGAGAUCAAUACCAAAGAGGUGGCGCAGCGUAUCACCACCGAGCUCAAGCGCUACAGCAUCCCACAGGCCAUCUUCGCGCAGAGGGUGCUCUGCCGCUCCCAGGGGACCCUCUCGGACCUGCUGCGCAACCCCAAACCCUGGAGCAAACUCAAAUCCGGCCGGGAGACCUUCCGGAGGAUGUGGAAGUGGCUGCAGGAGCCAGAGUUCCAGCGCAUGUCCGCGCUCCGCUUAGCAGGGCUCAGUGUGUUGGGCUGUGGAAGGCUCCGAGAGCUAAGCGGCGGGGCCUCGGCGACUGAAGAGGCGCAUUUGCGCUCAGGGACAGCGAGGGAAGCUCGUACGGCCUGAGGCGGAGAGAAAUCCCCGCACCUGGUGAGACACUCUGCGCCACCUCUCAGUUCAGCGAUCCGGGUUUGGGAAGAGGGAGGACAACGCGAGCGUGGAAUCGCACGCAAAUGUUCCUCGCAGGUAACUCUGACACAUCCCAGGCGCUGGGCUGGAGCGUGCCGGAGCUGCGUUGAGGUUUAGCUGAACUGGCUGCUGUGAUCCCCUCCCGCGCUCAUUCUUUUGGCGCUGGCUGGAGUGAUCUCAAUCUAAGAGUAUGGGCAAAAAGUUUCAAAGCCACUGGGCAAUGGGUUUGUAGCACAGACAAGGUGUAAGGGUUAGGACGCUCUCUGCGAAUGGAAUUGGCUGUGGAAAGGAGAGGGAGACUGGCCGUCCCAAGGUCCCAGUGAGAGCUGCAAAGCAAUAGCCAAGUCUGGGGACCGCCUUCGCUGCCGACUCCCUGAGGACUUUGCAUUUUGUUUUAUGAUUCUUCUUCGCGAUUUUAGCCUGAAUCCCCGUGCGGGAGGGGGAUUUGGGGGUGGGAGUGUGUAAAUGACCCCCAAGUCUGCGAGCAGAGGUCUCCUGCCCAAAACCCCAAACCCCAGGUGUUUCUGAGUUCAGCGGGAAGGUCUCCUCGGCAGGGCGCAGACACCGCGCCUGGCUCCCCUAGACCACGGAUAGGCGGAGAAGACAGCUGAGCCCAGCCCGAACCCCACCGGGGAUUUCAGGAGGAUUCGGCGACCCUUGAGGGUGGAGAACAUGAGGGGAGGUAGAGCUAAGGACAGCGGAGGGUGGCCUGGGUUUGAUGAGAUCCGGGCAGCGGUUGCCAAGUUGAUUGACUCUUGGUUCAUGCCCCCUUCCCCCCGCCCAAACUCCCUAACCCCCACCUCCGUCUCAGCCCGGCGCCCGGGCCUGAGCCUUGGCCAAGAGAAAAGGUAAAAGCCGGAAUGAGGGUUUGUUAAUUAACUGAUCGUUCUCCAUUAAUUCGUCCCUGGAGAACGAGAGACAGUCAAUCCGCUCUGAGCCGGGGGCACUGAGCCGUUUCACAGUCUAAAAUCAAAGCGUGAGGCCAAAGCCCCCUCCCCCAACUCGUGCCUGCCAAUGAGAAGCUAGGGGGUGGCAGGUGCCGACCAGCUUGUGAUUCAUGCCCCGAAGCCACCCAAAGCGUUCUUUGGGUUUGGGCGCUCCAGGCCUCCCGUCCCGAAGCGCCGCGCUGGCUGAGACUCUGCCCUGCCAGGUUUUCCAGCCCAGCCCUGCCUUCGUUCGCCCCAGGCAAAGUCCUCAUGCAGGUUCCUGCUGGGCGCCCCCGCGAAUCGCAGGCUCCUGGGUUUCCACUCUCUAGUCCUUGUGCUAGAGAGUGAAAUAUCUCCAUAUAUCCACCCCCGUGGGCUGCCCGCAAGCAGCUGAGGUUCCGGAGGGAGUGGGCGAAGGGGCUGCUCCUCGCCUUAAGAGCUUCGUCUCUCCAGAGCCCAAGGUAGUGCCUUUUCACACACUCACACCACCCCAGAGCCGGGCUUCAGGGCCUCUUACCCAGGCAGUGCCUGCUGAAGCCAACGAGUGGGGCAAGGGAAUGUGGGAAGAAGAUAGAAAUGGAGAAGGCCACCCCUCCAGGAAAACUCGGUCCCCAUCCCCCACCCCCGCCUCCUGGAGGCUCUUGCUCUGGACUUCAAUGUCCCUCCUCCCCCCACUGCCUGCUGUCGCCCCCUGGAAGGACAGACGGACACGUUCUGUUCAGAGACGACCUCUGAGCCAUGGAAACCUGGCCACAGGAGCGCCCUCUGACCUCCAAGCGUGGAGAGCUACAGAGCCGAGCUCGGGGGACGGCACUGUGGAGGGGGAGGGAGCCUGAGGGCUGGGACCCGCAAGCUGGAGGCGCAAACCUGGUGCCUGUCAGGUGUUCGUGGCACCCAGGAGGCUAUCGAAGGAGCGCCUGCCUGGGCACCCAGCAACCUGUGGAGAGCCAUGCAGCCCUCGGCCCCAGACCCAUGGCCUUUUCCUCGAAAAAGUGAAACAUUGGAGACUCCAGCAGGGCAGACAUUUGGCACCAAACACCCAGCCGGCUGUGUCCUGAGACCCUGAGGAAGCAUGUCUAUUACAUUUUUGUUUCCUUAACUUAAAAGUGAUGGUGGAAAGGGCUAGGAUUGAGGGCGCUGUGUUGGUCCAGGAGGGCCUCCUGCAAGGAACCAGGAACAGUCUCUUCACAACCUAUUUUUAAGUUACUGAAGAACGAGCCUUCUCAUUAACAUUUUCAUAUUGUAAAAAGAGUGGGGUUAUUUUCUGAACUUUCCAAAUGAUCUCUAGCGGGCCAAGUGCAAGAACCUUAAAACGAAUUGCAGAGCGCCUUGGCCGCUCCUACAGGACAUUAGUGCCUGCCCCCCCCCCACCAGCUCCCCUGUGAGGAGGAGCCCCUGGCAGCUUUCCUUGCUGUUGUGCUCAGAGACCCUCCCCCAGUCUCGUUCCAACCACCUUGCGAGGUCAGGGCUCACUGAGCCCGGUUCCUUCGCUCCGCAGCGGGAGAGUGGUGGCUUCUCCACGCCCCUCUGUCCUCCAGGUGCCGGCCGCCUGUUGCAGAGGGUCAAAACCCUCUGCUCGUGGCGCUGUUUGGGGAGGCGCCUUCCGGUCACGAAGUAACAGCGGCUGGUGGAAAAAGGGCGACAGGAGAAAAUUCCCACCAAAUUAGCUACCUCUUAAAAAUCAAUAUAUG